AGGCCACAGCCACCUCUGCCGGUGUCCUAGGGGCUGGGGGCCCUCGGAGCCAGUGCAGACCCUGACCCCUGACGCAGCCACAGCAGGCUCAGGGUCUGCAAAACAGCCAGAGGGGAGUGCGGCAGCCCCCUGCAGCUUGUGGGGUCAGCUGGCAUGGGUGGGGGAUGUUGGGGGCACCGCGGGGGGCUCUGCCACAUCUCUAUAGGGCCGUAGUUAGGGGAGGCCCUGAUGGCCACACCGCACACUCUCAGGGUCACACAGCUCACAGCCACAUGCUCUCAGGUUCACACUCAUGUCUCACGGCCACACCGCACACUCUGAGUUUCACACUCACGACUCACAGCCACACCACACUCAGGUUCACACAGCCACACUGCAUGCUCAGGUUCACACUCAUGGCUCAUGGUCACACUGCACACUCAGGUUCACACUCACGGCCACACUGCAUGCUCUCAGGUUCACACUCAUGGCUCACGGCCACACCGCACACUCUGAGGUUCACACUCACGACCAUACCACGCUCUCAGGUUCAUGCUCAUGGCCACACUGCACACCCUCAGGUUCACAGUCAUGGCCACACUGCACGCUCUCAGGUUCACACUCAUGGCUCAUGGCCACACCGCACACUCUCAGGUUCACACUCAUGGCCACACCACGCUCUCAGGUUCACACUCAUGGCUCACGGCCACACCGCACACUCUCAGGUUCACACUCAUGGCCACACUGCACGCUCUCAGGUUCACACUCAUGGCCACACCACACGCUCUCAGUUUCACAUGGCUCACGGCCACACCGCACACUCUGAGGUUCACACGACUCACAGCCACACCACGCUCUCUGGUUCACACUCACGGCCACACUGCACACUCUCAGGUUCACACUCAUGGCCACACUGCACACUCUCAGGUUCACACUCAUGGCCACACUGCACACUCUUAGGAGCAUGCUCACAGCUUGGUCCUGCCUCUGCCUCGCCCCAAGCCCACCCCAGCCUGCAGUCACAGUCCCAGGAACUAGGAGGAGCAGGUGCUCUGAGGUCUCUGCUAACCAUGCCUAGCGGCUCUUCCAGAGUGUAGGGCCCCAGGAGGCAGCA